AAGCUGGCGCCGCCUCAGACUCUCACUGCAAAGACGACAUAUGAAUGUUUUUAUACAGUUUGGAGCAGCUUUUGCUUCUUAACUGAGAAAAGACUGACUACUGAAUCAGGACUUGAGGACGUUUUUGGACUUCUUCUGUCUUGUCCAUCUGUAUUUUCUCACUUUUUCGGAGUGAAGUGAACUCUGGAUGGGGGAAAAGCUCCUGAGUGUUCCAGGAGGAGCCCAGCUCCGCAGAGACACUUUGAGUAGACCAGUGCGGACCCUCAGGGUUAAGAUGGUACUUCUGGGAAGCUCUGGUGUGGGAAAGUCCAGCCUGGCAAUGCGAUUUGGCAAAGAUGAGUUCAGGAGUACAUCACCUACUGUGGGCUGUGCCUACCUGACCCAGGUGGUGCCUCUGAGUGAUGUCACUCUUCGCUUUGAGAUAUGGGACACCGCAGGGCAGGAAAAAUACCACAGUGUCACCCCACUUUACUACAGAGGAGCCCAAGCUGCACUCUUGGUCUAUGAUAUCAGCAAAAGGGAGACAUUCAUCAGAGCUCAAGUGUGGCUUAAAGAGCUUGAGAAACAGUACACCCCAGGAUCUACUGUCAUAUGGCUUGUAGGCAACAAGGGAGACUUGGAACAGGAUCGACAAAUCUCAGUGCAGGAAGGACAGAGUCUGGCUGAUGACAGGGGCUUAUUCUUUACAGAGACAUCAGCUCUGACAGGGGAUCAAAUCAGCCAGCUGCUGAAAGCUGUAGCCCACAGAGUGUAUGAGUGUAUUGGAGAGCAGCAGGGAGGUUUGUCAGAGUGGCAGGAGACACCACAUGUGGAUCUGCAUCGCAAAGACACAUUCAGUCCUUUUGCAUUCUGCUGUAAAGUUGGACCCUAAACUUUGUCUCUGCCAUAUUACUGUCUGUUCUGUCUCUCUGCCUGUCUUCACCAUUUUAAAGCUGCACUAGGUAACAUGUGGGUAUAAGUACAUCAAAACAUCAAUAAAAGGCUUGUAGAUUCUGAA